UUUGAACCCCGAGUUCCAGAGCCUAUUUCGAGCCAGCCGGCGGAAGCGCAGGCAGGCCAACUGGGGAAGAGUAAAAGUGCGCCGGCAGAAGACCGCCUCAUGCUUCGUGUUGGGGACCCUCUAGAUAGUGUGUACUGGCCCCGGUGUUACGGUGUACCCCCACCACCGCGAAAACAAAUCAAACAGCGCGAAGACCACGUGCUGGGUAUUUUGCCGCGAGCAACGAGUCCACAAUGUAGUCAGUCAAUGUGCGAUGACAGGUGGGAGCCUCGGCACCUAGCACGGCGGGCCAGUCUCGUCUGGGACGGUGAAGAGUGUGGUGGUGAUGGCUCGGCGCGCUGGCUCGUGAAAGUGCAGUGGUUACUACGCCUGGUUUCAAGCAUGCCUGACCGUAACCACAACGAUGGCUACAACACCAGUGACACCUUCAGCGAGAACGGGUCGGACGACGAGGAGGACCAGCGGAGAAGUGUCGCGAGCGGGAUGGCCGUCUCGGCGGCGUCGAGCGUCAGCAACGGCGGGGUGCCUUCCUCCGGGGGCGUCAGCCGGUCGCGGAAGUCCAGGUCCGCCAUGUCCAUCGGCGGCGUUGAGGAGCUGGGGCUGGAGUCGGACCACCCCGACCUCAGCUCGCCGGCCAACUCCAUCACCUCGAUCAACUCCAUCUCGUCGCUGCUGAAGGAGAAGUUGGCGAUGUCGCUGCCCGCCAUGCUCAAGAGGCACAGGAAGCCCGAGUACAAGUUGCGAGGCUUCGUCGCCUUCCUGUUCCUGUGUAUCGUCUUCCUCGUCGGCUUCGCCCACGUCUACUACAACCAACAGGUCCUGCAGAGGGCCUACUUCGACCUGAUCCGGCUGAACCACAUCGAGCGCGUGCUGCGCGUGUACAACGACGAGGGCGCCGAGCUGCUGCGCGGCGAGCUGGGCCGCUUCCUGCGCGACUCGGACAAGGUGUACUCGUGCCUGUCGCAGCACGAGCGGAAGGGCAUGUACUGCAUGGAGUGGAUGGGCCGCGCGCGCCUCUACCUCAAGUACGAAGAGCAGAGCAAGACUCCGGACGAGUGCUCCAAGCCGCCCUGCGUGGAGUACCGCUGCUACCACACCGAGUGGGUGGCGCUGGCCGACGACGUGUACCCCACGGACUGCUUCGACCUGACGGCGGUGGGGGGCGCGGAGGCGCACUGGUACGGCGGCGGCCACUCCGCCGGCAUGCACUGGCCGCUGGAGAAGGGCCGCGUCACCUGGGCGCCCUUCCUCACCGGGGACUCGGUGCGGCGCGACCACCAGUGGGGCAACGUGCUCAAGCGCUUCUUCAUCUCCUCCAAGGGCGUGGCCAUCACCGUGGACCCACUCACGCCGCUGCACGUGUCCGCCAACCAGUACAACGACCGCGAGCUGUGCCUCCAGGCCCGGUACGACGACUUCGCGUUCGUGCGGCCCACCCCCGCCACGCCCGCCAAGCUCAACUACUCCCUGUGCACCGUGUCCACGGGCAACAUGAAGGACCUGCACCAGCACCUGUCCGAGAAGAGCCUGUGGGACGGGCUCAAGGAGUCGGACGUGGAGACCGUCAACACGCUGCUCACCGAGCCCGUAUGGCAGAUCGCGCCGUCGGAGGCGGACCUGCUCACGGAGCAGGCCAUUCUCAACUACACCGAGGACGUCAUCUCGCUCGGCUUCUUCAGGCAGGGACACAUCCUGGUGAACGAGUUCUGGCAGGCGAACGUGGGCGACAUGGCGAUGGACGCGUCGCGCUUCCCCUCCAUGAAGGAGACGAUCGAGAUCGUUCACCGGCGUGGCUUCCGCAUCGCCUUCACGCUGCAGCCCUUCAUCGGCACCGAGUCCAUCAACUUCCGCGAGGCGGUGCGCCGCAAGCUGCUGGUGGGCACCAGGAUCCCGAAGAGCGGCAGCGGCGGCGGCGCGGAGUACGUCCCCGCGCUGAGCCGCUACCGCAGCCUGCUCAGCGCCGCCACGCUCGACGUCACCAACAAGCGCAUGGCGCCCUGGCUCAAGGAGAUGGUGGAGGACCUGCAGGCCAAGUACGACAUGGACUGCUUCUUCCUGGACCUCGGCGUGGCGUACGACCUGCCGUACCACUACAAGUUCCAAGGCCCGCUCACCAACCCGGACCACUUCAUGACAGCCUUCACCGAGCUCGUGCAGUCGUCCGUCAAGGUGCUGGGGGUCUCCUCGGCCAUCGCACGGCCCCGCGCCCCCACCUUCGUCACCCUGCCCGCCGUGCCGUCCACGUGGAAGGGGCUGCAGUCAGUCAUCCCCACCAUCCUCACCUACGGCAUCAUCGGCUACCCCUUCAUCAUGCCCGGCGCGGUGGGGGGCGACUACGACGAGGAGGUGAGUAACCGCCAUGACGACAGCACUUCACUUCGGAGCACAAAUUUUGAGCUGCAGGAGGUGGUGCGGCUCGCCGACAUCGAGCUCUACGUCCGCUGGAUGCAGCUGGCCACCUUCCUGCCCGUGCGGCGCUACACCACGCUGCCCAACAAGUACGGCUCCGAGCUCAUCCUGGAGAGCGCGCGGUCGCUGACCAGCCUGCGGCAGAAGACGGUGAACCCGCUCUUCAAGAAGUACGUGCGCGAGGCGCUGGACUCUGGGCUGCCGCUGGUGCGGCCGCUCUGGAUGCUGGACCCGCUGGACCCCUCGUGUCGCCUCAUGGCGGACGAGUUCUCCAUCGGCGAGGAGCUGAUCGUGGCCCCCGUGCUGCAGUCGGGCUCCACCGAGAGGGAGGUGUACUUGCCGGCCGGAGUCUGGAAGGACGGCAUCGACGGCAGCCUCAGGAAGGGCAGCCGCUGGAUCCACAUGUACAAGGUUCCUCUGGAUAAAAUCGCCUUCUUCGUGAAGAUGCCCGACAACACCCGGUUUUGAUCGAACGCCAGCCAUAAAGACACAGUCCUGUUCCUAUUAUUUUUAUUAUUGAAGCAAUUGUCAGACGAUGCUUGCAUCAUGAAGCUUUGAUGUGCUGUGAGAAUAAGGACAAGCGGGAGACGGAAUGGACAAUUCCGUGGCUACCUCGGAGGAAGGUGAAAAAAGUUGUGCAACAGUACCAUCGCGUCUUUGAAAUAGUUCUGGAGUAGUCUGCUGAGACAUUGUAAAUAUAGCUUAAAAAAUUCUCCAACGAUAGUAUAGUAAGAAAUUAAUGAGAGAUGAGACGAUGACCAACCAUUAUUUGUAAAUAUUAGUUGUUUUUAGAAAUACUGUAACUGCGAAAGAUCUUGUUUGGUUUAAGAAGUAACUCUUAAUUCUGUCAAAUAUUUCUUCUAGUGCCAAUGAAAUGAGGCUAGUUUUGCUGUUCAUUUGCUUUAUUUUUAAGAGCUGUGAUUACAAUCGCUGUGUGUAGCUGAUAAUAAUUUCCCGGUGAUUUAUGAUAUUUAGUGUUUUCUGAGCUGUGAUGAGUAGUUCAUUGAUGACUGAACCGCAGUGAGUUACAAGUUAAUUUAUUUUUGGGGGUGCUGGAGCGGAUCAACCGAGGGAUCAACAGUGCCAAUUUUCCAUUAUUAGUACCCCAGCUUAAUAAGUCAAAACGGAAAUUAAUUUAAGUUAAGGGGUGUUAUUCGCUGGAAUGAAUAAUCAUACCCGGUGAAUCAUAAGCAUAAUUAAUUUGUAGCCGGUGCUUACAUUUAUCAACAAAUCUGAAUUUUCAGUGAUCAAGGAAUUUGGAUUUAGGGACACAUCCUAAAAGACCCGCAGGGCUCCACUUUGUACAUACAAAAUGCAUUUUUAAAGUAUUUUAAUUGUGAUAGAGAUGUGAUUGUUUUAGUGAGUAAAUAAACGUACAGUCUUCGUUUCCGACAGUCCGAA